AUGGCUGCUUUAGUUCUAACUUCUUUUUUCCUUACUCUAUCUUUCUUAGCUUUUGCUUAUGCUGCUAAUAACAAUGGUAAUAGCUCAACAAUCCCCAAUACUUGUCCUUAUGAAUACAUUUUCCAUGUUGGCGAUUCGCUUGCAGAUACAGGAAACCUAGUCCGCUUACCCAAUGCAAAUAUAACUUACCGUGCAGACCAUUAUCCUUAUGGUCGAAAUUAUUUUGGCGAACCCACUGGUAGAUUUUCCGAUGGUCGUCUUGCUAUAGACUAUAUUGCUAAGGCUCUUAACCUUCCACUUCUCAAACCUUACAUGCAAAAAGAAGCUAAUUUUAGCCAUGGUGUAAAUUUCGCUGUAGCAGGAUCUACAGUAUUAAGAAACCCUUAUUAUAAAGCUAGAAAUAUUAGCAUGCCUACGUACAAUAGGUCACUUAAAGUUCAACUUGGCUGGUUGACCACCUACCUAAAAGCCACAUGCUACACUAUACGAAAAUGUUCUGAAGUUCUAGGAAAGUCUCUUUUUAUGUUCGGUGAAAUUGGAGGAAAUGACUAUUACCAAGCAUUUUCACAGGGGAAAUCCAUUGAAGAAGUUAAAACUUAUGUCCCACAUAUAGUCAAGGCCAUCGUAAAAGGCAUUAAACAGGUGAUGAAAUACGGGGCAAAGCGUAUAGUGGUUCCUGGGAUUUAUCCUAAUGGUUGUUUCCCCUAUUACCUUACUAAGUUCUCAAGCUUGGACUAUAAAGAUUACGAUGAGUUCGGAUGUUUGAAAUCCUAUAAUGAGUUCGCCAUGUAUCACAAUGAUUAUUUGGAGAGGGCUCUAUCUAUACUAAAACUUGAAUAUCCAGAUGCUGCUAUUCAUUAUGGAGAUAAUUAUGGUUCUUUUAAAUCAAUUCUGGAACGCCCGGGCUAUUUUGGAUUCCAUAAAAAAUCAAUACUCAAAGCAUGCUGUGGAAUUGGGGGUCCAUACAAUUAUAACGAGGAUAGAGUUUGUGGAACAUAUGAAGUUCCAGCUUGCUCUGAUUCUGCAAAAUAUUUGCAUUGGGAUGGCAUACAUCUUACAGAAGAAGCAUAUUAUUAUGUCGCAGAAGACCUCCUCCGUGUCAUCUUAGCUAAAGAAUUUCAAUGUGUUCAGUAGAUCUUGAUGGGGUUUUAUUGAAAUUAAAAGAAUGUGGCAUUACCUGGGUAUAGAUUGUAAGGGGUGUGUUUCAUGGCGAAGAAGCUCUUUUAUAUAUGUAACUGGUAUUUAUUCUUGUUGUAAACAAUUAAACUAAGAUAAGAUAAUAA